CGAGUUUCGCGCCCAACUUCGCGAGAAGGAAGUCGGUUGGUGGAGGCGUAAAUUUCGCGGGAUUUCUGUUUUUAUUUUUUGUUUUAUUUCGCUUCAGUUUUUUUUCCGUCUCAAGCCGAAGCCAAAGGUGCGGGCGAACGUUGACGUAAAAUAACGCGCAGGAAAAUGGUGCACAGCAAGUUCACGAUAGGCGAGGAGGUGAUGGCGCGCUGGCCCGGCAGCUGCAUGUGGUAUAAGGUGCAGGUGCUGUCCUACAGCGAAGGAAGUAGCAUCUAUAACGUCAAGUAUGAGGACGGAACCGAGCUGGAGCUGGAGCCGAGCUCCAUCAAGAAGAUCGGGUCGUUCCGUACACCCCGGAAGUCUCGCUCUCGCUCGCGCUCCAAGUCCCCGGGUCGGCGAUCCAAUUCGCCCGGGAGGCGAUCCAAUUCGCCCGGGAGGCGCCCCCGCGCUCGCUCCCCAAUCCGUUCCCCCAAAGAGAACGAUGAGGAAGCCAAGAGCAGCAGGGCCACCAAGCGAGAAGAGGAGCCCAUCCAGACUACCACCAACCACACGGCCGUCAAGCAGGCUAUCACAAAAGUGAAGGAAAUCAGCAAAGAAAACAAUGGUGCGGAAACUGGGAAGCAAGCGGCCGUCAUCGUGAAGGAAAAGGUGAUGAAUGAGGAAAAGGCGAUGAAGGAGAAGAAGAAGAUGGGUGCCGUGGCGAGCGAGAGCAGCCCGUUAGUCAUUUACCGCCUCAGGAGUCGGCAGGGCAUCAAUCAGCCCAAGGAGACGCCCCCCGUGGAACUUCCCAAGUUGUCCUCAAAACCGGAAGAGAUCUGCCCUGAGCCGGGGCUCGGGGUGACGUUCGGCACGGCGCUGCUGCCGCUGGCUCUGCCGCUGGUGCUGCUCUACGUCCUGCAUGUGUGCUGCUCGGACGGCUGCAGCCUGCUGUCCCCCCCCGCCCCGCCCCCGGGCCUGGCCUCGCUGUGGGACAUGUGCACGUUGGUUCUCUGCCUUGGCUGGUGUCUCUUCCAGGCCCUGCUCUGCCGCCUGCCCCUUGGAAAUGUCACGGAGAGGGUGCCACCAAACACGGAGCAGCGGUUGAAGUACAGGCUGAAUGGGAUCCACGCCCUGGUGUUGAGCAUCGCAGCAUUCAGCCUCGCCAAGUACAAGGAGGCCUACGUUGCCUUUGUUCACGACAAGUUCCUGCAGCUGGCCGUGUCGGCUGUGCUGCUUGCCUACCUGCUCUCCGCGUACCUGUUCGUGCGCGCACGUUGUGCCUCGCACAUUGCUGUCGCCACUACCAGACGCCCCGGAAACAUCUUUUACGACUUCUUCUUUGGACGCGAGCUGAAUCCCCGGAUUGGAAACAUGGAUCUCAAGAGUUUCUUUGAAUUGCGGCCUGGAUUUAUUGGCUGGGCCAUCAUCAGCCUGGUCAUGGUUCUUCAAGACCUCCAGAAGAAUGAGGCGUUCUCGCCUGCCCUACUUCUCUACGUUGCCUUACAGUUCAUCUAUGUGGCUGACGUGUUGUGGAACGAGGAGCGCAGUCUAUCGACGGGCGACAUCCCGCACAAACACUUUGGCUUCCUGCUGGCCUUUACCAACCUGGCGUGGAUACCUUUUGCUUCGAGCCUGCCGGCCUACUACCUGGUACACCACCACCAGGAGCUCACCGCCUACUGGGCCGCAGCGAUUUGCCUGCUGUACCUUGUGGGCUAUGUCAUCUCCCGGAGGGCGCACACGCAGAAGAAUGCUCAGAGCGACAGUGCCGGAGAUCGUGGGAAAUCUGCUGACAGCCGGAGUUCACCGGUGCUGGGCUGGUGGAGCCGCCUGCGCCACCCGGAGCGUCUAGGCGAGCUCUUGAUGUUGCUUGCAUGGAGCCUGCCCUGCGGCUUCAGCCACCCACUGCCAUACGUCCCUGUCGCGUACUCCCUGGUGAUGCUGCUGCAUCGUGAGGCGUGGGGAUGACCGCCAGGGCUGUCCCAGCUCUCCGUCCUGUGUAUACUAACCUACUCCCCUUCGUCUGUGCGAGACAAACAUACACCUGUGUGUAAGUGGGAAUGUGCAGACAUGUGUAGUGUCUGCACGAGAGCUUCUGAGGUUUUAAAUUAUCUUUCCGCUAUUUAAUGAGUGGCAAAUAUUCAGUGUUUUUUCAAAGUGUUGCCAUUAAGGGUUGACGCAUCCGCAAUCAAAAGAGCUCUUGUAGACCCGUACCUGGGUUGCACGUCACAAGUUGUCCAACACAAGUUUUAAGAUUUCUUAAUGAGAAAAAGUAUUUUCAAGUGGAAUUCGGCGACACUGUAGUAGUGGGUCCAGUGAAAUUGCAGCAGGGUGACACAAGUCACUGCUGGAGUCCUCAGACAACUCGCCUGAAAGUCACUUGCAAUUUUUAUAACAAAGUUUUUUAUACUCAUGUUGGACAGCCUGGGUAGGUUUUUUUGGAUUGCGUCUUUUAUAUUUUUUUAAGUACGCAAGUAUUGUCACUGAUCUCAACUCGUUUCUGGCUUAGCAACACUCAAAACCUCUCGGAUUUUUAUUGCCUCUACUUUUUAUAAACACAAAACAUCAAUUUACAUCAUCAAAUUCACAACAUACAUUCCUGGAGGGUGCGUCCGUGUGCUACGAAGUGAAACAAAUUUUUACUAGUUGCCUGUGAUGAAUUUCUCGCCAGUUUAGACCCAGUAGUCUGUGUUAAUGUAGAUUUAAAUAACAUUCACCCACUUUGUGUGUUACCCUUACCAGCUGAGUGCUGCAAUUGCCAUCACACAUUCAUUUUCCCCGCUGCCUAUGCCAUAGUAACCUUAGCUCGUGCAGACAAGUGCAGUCAUUACUCAUUAUGCUUUUAAAUGAAGAAUGUGUGUUUUUGUUGCAUUUCAGUGGAAUUUGUAUACAACUUGUUUACUUUUACGCAAGUAUUGUACGUCGUAUUUCUACGUGUUCUCUGCUGUACAUUGAGCCCUUUGCUCUUUUAUGGAGAGAAAAAAAUACAAAUGGAUUGAUGAACAAACAUAAGCUUUCUGACAUUGAGAUGUGAAAGCUUGGCCUGGGUUUAAGAAACCUUGCGUCCCCAAGCGAUCACAGGCUGAGAUCAGCAGUUCCUAAAGGGGGCUCUUGGCGCGUUGAUCUUCUCGCCAUCCUAGCAAGGGUGAUCCAAACUGGGCAUGUAAUUGAAUCACUGGACGAUGCGUUGAUGAAAGUCAAUUCUUGUCAAGAUUGAUGCAUUCACGCAUUGAAUCGUUUUCCUUAAUCAAAUGUUGCUUCUGCAUUUAAUGUAAAGUUGCGUCCGAUCUUCAUUUUGUGUUCAUGCCAGAGCAGACCGGUGAGGGUAGAUAGACGAGACCAGACAAAAA